CCAGCAACAAAGAGAAUCCCAUCGAGCCUACUCGCGCGUGCGCAUCGCCGCAUAUACACUGUCGCCGGGCUUGAAUUUAUAAGGCCCGUCAAACACUGUGCAGGCUCAAUUGAGCGCUAACGGCUUGAUAAAGACCGAGACAAACAAAUCAAAAGAAGAAGAAGGAGAAGAAGGAGAAGAAGAACCAACAUGCCGCCUAAGACGGGGCGAGGCCGCAAGAUGCUUGCGGCGCAAGCGCGCCCACGGCCUGCAACAGGCGACGGCGGCGCUGACGGUGAUGGGGCUGCUGCCGCGGGUCCGUCGUCGCGCAACGAUGGCGCAACGAAACCCGGUCGAGGAGGUCGCAAGUCGGGAGGAACGAGGGGAGGGAAACGUCCCCCUGGGACGAGCGGGCAAUCGAACAUCCAACCGGGCGAUCCCACCCCGAAAGGCCGUCGUCACCGAUACAAGCCAGGCACCGUCGCCCUGAAGGAAAUCCGAAAGUACCAGCGCUCAUAUGACCUACUGUUGCGCAAGCUGCCCUUUGCACGGCUUGUCCGCGAGGUCGCCCUGGAGCUAUUACCGGCCAACGUGGGCGCCGAAUUGCGCUGGCAGUCGCACGCGAUCCAGGCUCUGCAGGAAGCCGCCGAGGCCUUCCUGGUCCAUCUCUUCGAAGACACCAAUCUGUGCGCCCUGCACGCCAAGCGCGUUACCAUAAUGCAAAAGGAUAUCCAGCUAGCGCGGAGAAUACGUGGUGUAUGGGGCGGCCUGGGUUGAUUCUUUUUUUUUUCGGCUGCUACAAGUGACUAACUACCAGUGUUCUGGAGAGAGGAGAACACGGAGAUAUAUGAAUUAAAACCACAGCUUGUUAUUUUCCUGGUUUUCUUUUUCUUACCUCUUUCCUUUUUUUUUUCUGAAGUGAUAUCUUUCCCCCUUUUUCUACAGUGUUUCCAAUCUUACUGUUUAUUUCUCAUGCCGAACGUCUGUUGUUUCGGCUCUGCUUCUUUCCGGCUGAACUUGGACAGCUCCUGCUAUGGCGUAUCUGAGUAUGGGUGUCUGAUUUAUCAAAUGAUGGGUCUUGUCUUCUGUGUGGCCUGGGGUUGGUUGAUCAAAGGCCCAGGCGUCCACUGUACACUAGGUGAUUGAAUCAAAGGUUUUCCAACAGAUAUUUCGAGUG